UCCAGAAACAAGCCAAGAUAUUAGUUCUCAUCCCAUGCUUUCUUAGGCCGAGGUUCCAGAACAAUCUCCGGCCUGUUCCCUUUAUAUUAUGACGUUCCCCUCUUUUUUUCUUUGUCUGAAUUUGCAACUGAAGUUUCAAAAAUAACAAUAUGGCUCACUGCUUAUCAAGAAUUUCAAUUUCUCAACCUUUUCCUUUUUCUGUCAACAAUCCAAAAUUUUCCUACUACUCUGUUCCAAUAUGUAGUAGAGGUGGUAAUAACAAAGUGAAGGCCAUCUCAGUUGAUGAAAGACACAAUCUUGAAAACUUGCAAAGACAGAACAAGUACCAAUCUCAGCAACCUAGAAAGAGAUCACCCCAAAUGGCCCCUGUUGGGUUGUGGGAUAGGUUCCCAACAGCAAGGACAGUGCAGCAAAUGAUGGACACAAUGGACAGAAUCAUAGAAGACCCUUUUGCUUUGAAUGGAAAUUGGGUUGCAGAAGAAGAUGUUGGGUACAGAAGAGGAAGGACGCCAUGGGAGAUAAAGGAAACUGAAGGAGAAUACAAAAUAAGAUUUGACAUGCCAGGCAUGACCAAAGAGGAUGUGAAGGUUUGGGUAGAAGAGAAAAUGUUGGUUGUGAAAGCUGAGAAAGUGGCCAAGAAAAUAAGUGAGGAAGAAUGGUCUGCUAAGAGCUAUGGAAAGUAUAGUACAAGAAUUGCAUUGCCUGAGAAUGUUGAGUUUGAGAAGAUUAAGGCUGAGGUUAAAGAUGGUGUCUUGUACAUUACUAUACCAAAGGCUGCUAGUAAUCCCAAGAUUUUUGACAUUAAUGUUGAAUGAACAAUUUUGAUCUCUAGUUUAUAUUGUCUCUUAGUCAUAGACGCUUCUGUUCUUAAGGUUUAUAACUAAAGUUGUAAGGGCUCAUCUUGUAAAUUUAAUAACUCUAGGAGGCAAGUGAAUGUGCCCACCCCUUCUUGGUGCUUCCGUUUAAGGACUUCAAGAAAUUAGCCUCUGAUCAAAUUUUUACUUUAGUAUCAAAUGUACUUGAAAAUUUUUGGACUGAGAUGAUCUAAAUGAAUUUACUUGCC